AUGGACGUGUCCGUGUUUCCCCACCUGAGUUUGGCGGCCUGCACCGGCAGCGUCAGUGCUGCUGCCAACCUGCCCACCCGGCUGGCGAGGGCCACGGACACCAUGAUUAGGAUCUUCCACCGCUACUCCUGCCAGGAAGGGGACAGAUUCAGGGUCAACAAGGGGGUGAAGAUGCUGCUGCAGAGAGAGCUCACGGAUUUUUUGUGCCAAAAGGACCCUCAGUUGAUUGAUAAGCUAAUGCAGGACCUGGACGCCAAUAAGGACAAGGAAGUGGAUUUUAAUGAAUUUGUGGUCAGGGUGGCAGCCCUGACAGUUGCUUGUAAUGAUUACUUUGUAGAACAACUGAAGAAGAAAGGAAAGUAG